AGUAGCGAAAGAAGAAAAAAAAAAGGAGUUGAGCAUUUGCAAAAGCGGAAACUCGUCUUUUUCAUCUUCAUUUGCGUUCUUCCAUACACAGGGCUUAUCCUGCUCUAGCAUCCUGUCUGUCAGCGCCUUUUUUGCAAGUGUCUGUUUGCACCGGCUCUUUUUUUUAUUCCCCUUCUUCUUUCUCUCGCUCUUCUGUUCGAAGGGUAUCACGCCCUCUCCAGAUUUAAUUUCAUCAUUUUUAUCAAUUAAGAAUGGGGUUUCGGAUUGAUAUGGAAUACUAUGUGGAUUGUUGGAGACCUUGAAGUGCAUUCGGAGACGUGUUGUGUGUUGCCGCUUGGUGGAAAAUUUGGAAUAAUUACUUCUUAAGUUUGAUGUUCUAUGAAGAAGUAGAAUUGAUUAAAGUGAAAAUAGUCAUGGAAAGCUGUAAAACUGGAUCAGAAUCAUCUGAAGAACCGACAGAAAAUGAUGACAUAAAGAAUCCCAAUGACCUCUUUGAACUGCUAGAAAGACUCUCCACUAGUCGCUUGGAUGAUCAGAGAUGUGCUCUGCCUACUCUACUCCAGAGCCCUGGUCCACAGCUUAAAAUGAAGAGAGAAAAUGAUCUUUUGGAGGAGAUAUUGAAGAAAUCGGGUCCUUAUCCUUUAAUAGUAUUACCUCCUGGUGGUGGAUAUUGGAUUGAUGGUAUUCACCACAGUCAUGCAUUAGACACUCAAGGAAGACCCAUUCUACCAAAGCAUGAGUUUCUUCUGAAAAUUGAAAGGGAUGAAACUGCUCAAUUAUUCAGAAAAUUCUUUUAUGGAAAGGAGCAUUUUAAUUUCAUUGCACUGGAUGAUGUGUGCGGUCCACUGGUCAUGUCGCUUAAGGUAGAUAGUACCUCUAGUCAAGAACAACUUAAAGUUCUAAUCAGAACCAAAGAUGGACUUUUAUAUGAUGUAUUCCAUAUUGACCAAGCUACCGCUAAUUCACUCAAUCCUGUACAAAUAUCAAAGGUUAUGUGUGAAGAUAUCAUAACAGAAAAAUUUACGCCAAUACUAUUUCCUCGGGCUGCUGAAAUGUUAUUGGCGUAUGAUGAACAUGUCCUAGUCAAAACUUUCAAAUUUGGUAUUAUUUAUCAAAAAUAUGGUCAAACAACCGAAGAAGAAUUGUUUGGCAAUCGAAAACAUAGUCCAGCAAUGGAAGAGUUUCUUGAUUUGUUGGGAAAUAGAAUAAAGUUAAAGGAUUUUAAAGGAUUUCGUGGUGGCCUGGAUGCCGUGUAUGGUCAGACUGGUGAAGAAUCUGUUUACACACAAUUCAAAGAUUCUGAAAUCAUGUUUCAUGUUUCCACCUUGUUACCUUACACAGAAGGAGAUUCACAACAGCUCCAAAGAAAGCGUCAUAUAGGCAAUGAUAUUGUUGCAAUAGUUUUCCAAGAUACAAAUACACCAUUUCUACCCUCCAUGAUUGCGUCUCAUUUCUUACACUCAUACAUAGUUGUACAAGCUGUUGAUCCCUUAACUCCAAAUGUUGUAUACAAAGUUUCAGUCACUGCUCGAGAUGGUGUCCCAUCUUUUGGCCCAGCUUUGCCUAAUCCUUGUGUCUUUAGAAAGGACAAUGAAUUCAGAGAAUUCCUUCUUACAAAGCUUAUCAAUGCUGAAAUAGCAUGCUAUAAAGCAGAAAAGUUUUCAAAAUUAGAAAAGCGCACUCGAAUCUCUCUUCUCCAAUCUCUUUACGAUGAAAUAAGGAUUAAGACACAAGAGUUUUGUGGUGUUGUUGGUGACAGUGGGAAGACAGAAAUUAAUGGCAAUAGCAAUCGCUUUUUGGACUCUGUGAGAAAAGCUAUCACUAGUCGUGUGCGGAGUCAUUCCGUUGAAACAAACUUAGCUAAUUCUGUGAUGAAUAAGCGAUCAUCUGCCAGCACAUCUAACAGCAGUUUGUCUUCCAUUGUGGCUGGGGAAGUAGCACAAAAUGUUCCUAAAGUACCAAAAGAAACUUUAAUGAAAAUUUCAUCUCCAACAUCAGUUAGAACAAGAGAAUUUCGCAACCGAAGUUUAGAUUCUCUGAAUUCUGGGGGUACUCCCUUAUGGAUAAGGACAAACAGUAGCCCAGGAACACCGAUUUCGAGUCCUGACACCCCACCUCCCCCUCACUUCAAAACAAGACCAUCUGAAUCGGAUUCUUCGAGUGUCAAUAGCUUAGAAUUUGAACAUCUUCAAAAUGGCACUGGAGAUGGACCAUUAGAAGCAUCAUUUAAUUCUAACAGUGAUACAAAUUCCACAUCAUGUCCUCAGUGCACAGAGAAUGAUGCCAUGACAAGACACCUGGAAGUUUUAAAACAAGAGAUCAAUAAACUAAAAAGUGAUAAAUUAGACUUGUUAAAGCACAAUUUGGCUUGUCAAAGGGAAAUAAAAAAGCUCAAAGAAAAGGAAGUGAAACUGACCACAGAUUUAUCUCUUGCAAAGCGAGAAAUGACUUAUCUUCACGUUCAGCUGGCAGAGAUGAGUACUGGUGAUCGGUACACAACCAUUUAGAAAUAUAACCAGUCCCUUUUCAAAGUAUUUUGUGAUAUAUUUUAAAAGAAACCUUGUUUAGAAGAGAAUUUUUGCAGUG